CUGUAACCCCAACCACACCACCGAGCCAAAGGGAGCUGCUCUGUUGAAUUUUAUUUCCUCAUAAAAACAUAUAUUUUUUAAACAUUUAAUUAAAUAUAAUUACUCAUUCGGUCAACUUUGGUCAAUGCUGCGACCACUCGGGGCUGAGCAUCAUUGGUGCUAUCAGCUAGCUCAUCAGCUAGCUCUUGAGACCAAACUCACCGUUAGCAUUGUGGAAGGACUAACUGUUGUUGCCGGGACGACGCUAACCACCGCUUCUCUUCAGCAAGCCCCGCCUCUCAUCUCGCGCCUGCGCAGUGACCUUCCCCUCGCGUCGUUAUGGCUGACACGAGCUGGCCGGACUGUGCGAAGAGUUUCAGAGGAGUCGUGUUGGACAUGUGUGGCGUCUUGUACGAAAGCGGGGAGGGCGACGGCGUCGCCAUACCCGGUGCCGCCGAAGCGGUGAGAAGGCUCAGGGCGUCUGACCUGCAGCUGCGCUUCUGCACCAACGAGACCCAGGCCAGCAGAGAGGAGUUCGUGGCCAAGCUGCGGAGACUGGGCUUCGAAAUCUCCGUGUCCGAGGUCUUCUCUCCUGCUCCCGCGGCCGUGUCGGUCCUCAGGGGGCGGGGCUUACGGCCCCACCUGCUGGUGUAUGAUGGAGUUCUCCCCGAGUUUGACGGUGUUGACAAGACCAACCCAAACUGCGUGGUCAUCGGGGAUGCAGCCGAAAAAUUCUCCUACCAAAACCUGAACGAGGCGUUCAGGGUCCUUAUAGGCCUGGACAAGCCAGUGCUGUUUUCUCUGGGACAAGGGAGGUACUACAAGGAGACAGAUGGUCUGAAACUAGAUGUCGGGGUUUACAUGAAGGCUUUGGAGUAUGCCUGUGAUUUAGAGGCUGAAGUCAUUGGAAAACCGUCGCCAAUGUUCUUCCAGAGUGUCCUCACUGACAUGGGGCUUCAGCCACACGAGGCUCUGAUGAUCGGGGACGAUCUGGUGAAUGAUGUGGGUGGGGCCCAGCACUGUGGAAUGAAAGGCGUACAAGUCCGCACGGGCAAAUACAGGCCCAGCGAUGAGAGGCACCCGACGGUGACGGCCGACGGCACCGUGGACGACCUGGCGCAGGCUGUGGACGUGAUCCUGAAUCAGAGGGGCCACUGAGUGCAAGGCGGGCGGACGCUGGAGACUCGCCACUUACUGUGACGUCGGGCGGUGCAGGCUUGUGCCCGGUGGUAUUUUCACAAAGCUCUAACAUGCACUGCAUCAACAGACAUGUACAAUCCAGUACAAAACUACAAUACCGUCUAAUAUUGCUGUAACCGUCGCAACUCCUUGUACUGUGAAAUAUGGGAAAACACCCACGCAUCUGGUGCUCCACGUUGUGUAAACUAGGAUGACAUUUGCAGAAGUAUUACCCAGAUCUUCUGCACUGUGCAUCUGCCAAGACUGCCAGGCCAACAGGACUGGCACAGAUAAGAUCCCACAAGUUGACAUGGUUGUGCCGGUAACCAGCUGCUGACUGACGGUUAGAGGGGAAAGUAACUCGCUGUUAAUUUUACACAGUCAGAUUCUUUUACAUGGAAAUUGACAUUAGAAAUGAAGCUGUAGUUCACUUUAACAUACACUGAUUAAUUUCUGUAGUUUGUUAUAUGAAGGUAAUUCUCUCCAUAAAAACAGAACAGAUACAGUCUUAAUAAAGUAACAGGGAGUCGUCUGUAAUGUGAGCAUUUGUCUUUGACUAUUAUAAAUAAAGUUAUUUCACUAGUCCGUGAGCUGUUGAAAA